GCGCUCCCGGCUCGUCUCUUGCAAGAAAAGAAAAGACGCUUACAAGGCUAGUGAAGAGUAGUGUGAGGACUUGGAGGGCACCUACCGUAGCGCCGGCAGCGUGUUGCAGCAAUACCGAGUGUUGUGCGCUCAUGUCAGAGUCAGCCUCAGGGUCGAGGCAAGGCUGGGCGUUUUGCAGCGGCGGGAGCCCCCGGGGACAGGUAUCCCUGCUAUGCGAGGAUCGGUCCCGACUUUUGCUUUUACAGCGUCGCUGUAACUGGAGAGGGAUGUGUGAGUGAGGAUCGGCUUGUGCCUUGACUAGUGGCAGUGGUAUCAGCUACGCUGGAUUGAGGAGACAGUACACAUUACCCGAACAGUGCUGUUCCAAGUUGGAUCGUGAGCUAAUUCCGUCGAACCGAGCUAUAGGUGGGAGUUUGAAUUAUUUCUUUACUAGGCAUAUUGAUGGGAUUUCGUUGAGAUGCUGGUUAUCGUAUCACCGAAAUGCCCAGCUGCGGGGUCGUGAAAUCACAUGUCUCCGGCGAUCGGCCAAAAAACAACGCUACAGUGUUAUCAGUCCUCAAGCAGGGAACUGUGUAAAGGAACCUAAAAAUGGACGAGCGAGCCAAGAUCAAGGUGACUCUCCCUCGCUCAGAUCCGACGCUGAGCUACUGGCAGGACCCGCCGGAUGAGAUCGCCGACCUCCGCUCCACCCCGGAGCUGCCCGAGACGGCCGAUGCCGUCAUCAUCGGGAGUGGCAUCACCGGCGCCGCCGUGGCCUGGCACCUGCUCGAGGGCGACGGCGGCUCGAACGUGGUCAUGCUGGAGGCACGUCAGAUCUGCUCUGGCGCGACGGGUCGUAACGGUAUGGCAGCAUACACAUAUACACCCGUCUCCUCUUGAACUAGAACGGCAUCAAAAAAGGGACACAGACGUCUAACAAAAGCAACACCCACCGAAACAUAACAACAACAAAAACAAACACACAGGCGGCCACACCAAAGCGGCGUCCUACCGCAGCUUCCAGGAGAACGCGGCGUCCCUGCCGGGCGGGGCCGCUGCCGCCGCGCAGAUCGCGCGGCUGGAGCUGGCCAACAUCCGCGCCGUGCACGCCUUCGCGGCCGCGCACGGCAUCGACUGCGGCUCGCGGCCGGGCGACACGGUCGACGUGGUGCUGGACCGCGCCG